GAGUCCAGGAAGCUCUUCAUUCUCCUGAUUACUUCUGUUUACACUAACAGAAACUUUCUCAUCAUGGGGAACUUCGUCGCCAACGAGGGACUCUCCAUCUUUGUUAUUCUGGUCUGGUUGGGAAUCAACGCUUUCCUGUUUGUUCAUUUCUACAUGGCCUUCCUGGUGGACCGCUGGUUUUACACCAGAGUGCUGCUGGGGCAAGCCCUGUCCUGGGCCAGAGCUCCUGCCGCCUGCCUCAACUUUAACUGCAUGCUCAUCCUGCUGCCGGUCUGCAGAAACCUGCUCUCCUUCCUCCGAGGAUCCAUCCAAUUCUGCAGCCGAACUGCAGCUCGUCAACUAGAUAGAAAUCUUACUUUCCACAAACUGGUGGCUUACAUGAUCGCGUUCCACACAGCUGUGCACAUCAUCGCUCACUUGUUCAACUUUGAGUUUUUCAUGGAUGCUCAGCUGAACCGCAACAGCAGCUUCCUUCCCUUCGUUCUGUCUGAAAUUGGUACAGAUGACAACGCAUCCUUUCUGAACCCGAUCAGGAGCAACGAGACGAACCCCACCAUCGUCAUGUUCACCACCAUCGCUGGGGUGACGGGCGUCGUCAUCACGCUGGCUCUCAUCCUCAUCAUCACCUCAUCCAUGGAGGUCAUCCGUAGGUCCUACUUUGAGGUGUUCUGGUACACACACCACCUCUUCAUCAUCUUCUUUAUUGGCCUUGUGUUCCACGGCUAUGGGCGUAUUGUACGAGGACAGACUGCUGGCAGCCAGCAGACAAACAAACCUCACCUGUGUGCAGAUAGAUUUGAGGACUGGGGGGAAAAUGAGUCGGACUGUGCUGUGCCUGAGUUUGCUGGAAACCCACCAGGGACGUGGAAGUGGGUGUUGGGGCCAAUGAUCCUAUAUGUGUGUGAGAGGAUAGUUCGAAUCUACCGCUCCCAUCAGAAAGUGGUCAUCACUAAGGUGGUCAUGCAUCCCUCCAAAACUCUGGAGCUGCAGAUGAGGAAGAAAGGCUUCCACAUGGAGGUGGGGCAGUACGUCUUCAUCCAGUGUCCGUCUGUGUCCCGCCAUGAGUGGCACCCCUUCACCCUGACCUCUGCCCCAGAAGAAGACUACUUCAGCGCUCACAUCCGUAUUGUUGGAGACUGGACUCAGGCGCUGUAUGAGGCUUGUGGAGGAGAUAAAACCGAAACCCAGGAGGCCUGGAAACUGCCAAAAGUGGCCAUAGAUGGGCCUUUUGGAACCGCCAGUGAGGACGUGUUCCGUUACGAAGUGGUCAUGUUGGUGGGAGCGGGUAUCGGAGUGACUCCUUUUGCCUCCAUCCUGAAGUCUGUUUGGUACAAACGUAUCCAAAACAACCAGGAGGUCUUCACCAAGAAGAUCUAUUUUUACUGGCUCUGUCCGGAGACUGAGGCCUUUGAGUGGUUCGCCGACUUACUUCAGUCUCUGGAGAGACAGAUGGCGGAAAAAGACGUGGCUGACUUUCUGAGCUACAACAUCUACCUGACCCGCUGGAAAGAGACAGAGGCGGCUCAUUUCCGCGUUCACCAUGAAGCAGAGAAUGAUCCGAUCACUGGGCUCAAACAAAAGACUCUUUAUGGGAAACCAAACUGGGACAACGAGUUCACAAACAUUGCAUCAAAGCACCCGGGAACCAAAGUGGGCGUGUUCCUGUGUGGUCCUCCUCAGCUGGGGAAGUCUCUAGAAAAACAGUGUCUGUCUCACACUGAGGGUGAUGUCAAGUUUAUCUUCAACAAGGAGAACUUCUGAGGACCCUUCAGCCAGCAGCUGGAGGUCAGACCUCUGAGGGGAGCAGAUCUUCAUCAGUGAGGACCAGCUGCUCCUCUUCCACCAUAAACAUGAAGCAAACACCACCCAGAAACAUUGAGUUGGUUCCUCUUCCCUGGGUUUCUACAUUUCUGAACUUCUCUUCUCUUUUCUUUUCUCAGAUAGAUGACUUGUGGACGUGAACUAUUUGAAAACAGAAAAAAAAACAGCCUACUUCAAGUAUGACCUCCAGCAGUGUGCAGUUUCAUCAGUUGCCAUGGUGAUAGCACAGUUGUUAGGCUGCUGUCUCCAUGGCAACAGGUAGAACAACAAACAUAGUUGACAAAAUACGAAGUUUGUUCUUCUUCGCAGAAUGUCUGAAUUUUUCUUCGUUUACAAUAAAUCUGGCUGCUUUUUUUUCAUUAAUCUUUUAAAUAAAAGAAGUCUUUAUUUUGUUCUUUUAUUUUGGUAGAUUUUAUUUCUGCUUUAGUUUCUUUUUUUAAGUGUAGAUUCUUCUGUUUGUUUUUAACCUGAUAUAUUUACAAACGUAAAAUCAAAGAGGAAAAUAAAGGACAAUCUUUUCAGGUUUUUAUUACCGGGCAGCAGAUUUCAGAUUGACCUUUAACAUAACUGGGAAAUGGGUGAAUUAGAUUUCUUUCUGUGGAAAUAAGCCGAUCACUUCCUGCAAAGGAUGCAGCUGAAAUCAUUUUCUUAUUUCAUUGUCAUGAGCAGCUGAAAUGAACAAAUCUAUGAACCCAAGGUUCCUGCACCAGCGAAAGGAACCUGGAAAUGUGUCACAGCGAACGUUUUACUCAUUUCUCGAUGAUCUCUACAUCUCGUGGAUCCAGCACUGCCAGACAUGUAAUCGAUACAGACAAUUAACAUUCAGGGGUUUUAGCCAAAUGUUUAGUUGAAGGUUGUAGAUCUUUACCUACUUUUGGUUUCUGAGUAGAACUUCUGUGUUUUGUUGGUUUAAAAUGUUCACAAGUUCAACAAAAAUGUUCCGAUCGGUAGCAGGAGGGUAGCACUACUCUGUAAUAAAACCCAUAAAAACUAAAUAUUUAUCAGAGUUUAUUCA